AAGGUCGUGUCAAAGAUAAUCAAAAGAUGCCCUCGGCGAGGAGGUGGUGGCUCCUCCUUGGUCUCCUGCUGCUCGCCGGCUCCUACAAGCCAGUGGAUGCGGAAGAGGGCGACGACUGUAAGCUGCCUAUGAAUCUGCCUGGCAUUUGCCGCGGUUCCUCCGCCUGUGACACCAUCGAAGGAUACCUCAGAUCGGGCAAAUUGUCUGCCAGCCAGGUGCCCAGCUGUGGCCUGGGGCUGAUCGAGGAGAACAUUUGCUGUCCCAUAGCGCCCUGUUGUUCCACUGAUCCGGCCACCAUGACGUCGACGACAGUGAGUCCAGUCAACCCGGUCAGCCCCACCUCGCGAGUGAAUGUUCCCGACAACUCCGAGCGUCCGGCAGUGGCAGCCUGCACGAAGCUCAGGUCGAAUGACAGAAUGAAGUCCUUGACGCCUCACAUCUUGGGCGGUGUGCCCGUCGAGCUUGGCGUUUAUCCACACAUGGCGGCCAUUGCCUACACAUCCUUCGGAACGGUGGACUUCCGCUGUGGCGGAUCACUCAUUGCCAGUCGCUAUGUCCUGACCGCCGCCCAUUGUGUCAAUAGUGACAACACCAUACCGUCCUUUGUCCGUUUGGGAACGGUGAACAUCGAGAAUCCUGAGUCGGGCUAUCAGGACAUUAAUGUGGCCAACCUCAACAUACAUCCGGAUUAUGUCAGUAGCAGCAAGUACAACGAUAUCGCCAUCCUGGAACUGGCGGAGGAUGCUCACGAAACGGAGAACAUUCGACCAGCCUGCCUUUACACAGACACCGCCGAUCCGCCGCUGGACUCCAAGAUCUUUGUCGCCGGCUGGGGUGUCAUGAAUGUGACCAAUUGGGCCAGGUCGAAGAUCCUGCUGCGAGCUGCCCUGGAACUGGUGCCUCUAGCCCAAUGCAAUAUAUCCUAUUCGGAGCAGCCCGUUGCUGUUCGGAAUUUAAAGGAGGGUGUCAUCGAUUCUUUACUGUGUGCGGCGGACAAGAAACAAAAGGCGGAUGCCUGCAAGGGCGAUUCCGGUGGUCCACUCAUCCGGGAGGUGGACAUCGAGGAUGGCAUCUACACCAUUUUGGGCAUUAUUAACUCGGGCAUUGGGUGUGCCACCAAGACGCCGGGUCUCUACACCCGUGUGGCCUCCUUCCUGGACUUUAUCGAGCGAAUCGUUUGGCCGGAUACUCAGUUACUGUAAUGGGCUUGGAAGUAAAGCUCCAUCAUACACCAAAAAAAACAAAAUUGGCAUACACAAAUCUGUGAUUUCACACCUAACAUGAAUCGAUCAAAUUGAAAAUAAAUCUCGUUGCUUUAAGUUAA